CAGAGAGGUCAACUGGAGGGGUGGCUGUGGGCUGUGGGGCCGGGACCCAGCCGCGGAGACCUUUGCUGGAAUGUACUCUGCUAACUGGGCAACGCGUGCCGGGGAGGCCCAGAUGCUGCUCUCCCUCCGCGGAGCCUCGCCUUGGUUCCCUGGAGUCCACCUUUCCGUCCCACUUUCAAAAGCAUUUCAAAGAAAACGAAACAACGCCUCAUGCCCUGGGCAGCCUGCCGCCCGGGUGCUGUGGAAAUGUUUGCUUGCGCAGUAUGAGGUCAGCUCCUACCCGACUUAGAAUUUUGCCUAGACUUGGGACCAUGCACACUCCGCGGUUCAGGCUCUGACCUCCCCAGAGCUUGGCCCUGCUUUUAACCUCUCCUCACUCCUAGCGACGCCUUACGAGUGUCUUUGGCCCAUUCCAAGCCCGAAAAGAAGCGGUAGCGAUCCAGAAAAGUUUACUUUUCAAAGAAGCUGUGGUCUUUGGUCUAAGGCCUUGCAGAGCCGAGGCCGGGCUCCCAGACGCAACAGAGCUUGAAGGACUGCGCGGUGGGAGCCCCGCACUGCGCCCGGCCCGUGGCCCCCCUGGAUCCGUCGGGGCGCCUCCACCCGGCUGUUAGCAUGAUGUCUUACCUCAAACAACCCCCAUACGGCAUGAACGGGCUCGGCCUGGCCGGGCCCGCCAUGGACCUCCUGCACCCCUCCGUGGGCUAUCCGGCCACCCCGCGGAAGCAGCGGCGGGAGCGCACCACCUUCACGCGCUCGCAACUGGACGUGCUGGAAGCGCUCUUCGCCAAGACUCGGUACCCUGACAUUUUCAUGCGCGAGGAGGUGGCGCUCAAGAUCAACCUGCCAGAGUCUAGAGUCCAGGUCUGGUUCAAGAACCGCCGCGCCAAAUGCCGCCAGCAACAGCAGAGUGGGAGCGGGACCAAGAGCCGCCCAGCCAAGAAGAAGUCCUCCCCGGUGCGGGAGAGCUCGGGCUCGGAAAGCAGCGGCCAGUUCACGCCGCCCGCUGUGUCCAGCUCCGCCUCGUCCUCUAGCUCGGCGUCCAGCGCCUCCGCCAACCCGGCGGCUGCAGCCGCUGCAGGCCUGGGCGGGAACCCGGCGGCGGCAGUCCCGUCGUCGUUGAGUACGCCGGCUGCCUCCUCCAUCUGGAGUCCGGCCUCCAUCUCGCCCGGCUCGGCGCCGGCGUCGGUGUCGGUGCCCGAGCCAUUGGCCGCGCCUAGCAACGCAUCGUGUAUGCAGCGCUCGGUAGCCGCAGGCGCCGCCUCAGCCGCAGCCUCUUAUCCCAUGUCCUACGGCCAGGGCGGCAGUUACGGCCAAGGCUACCCUGCGCCCUCCUCUUCCUACUUUGGUGGCGUGGACUGCAGCUCAUAUCUAGCGCCCAUGCACUCGCACCACCACCCGCACCAGCUCAGCCCUAUGGCACCGUCCUCCAUGGCCGGCCACCAUCACCACCAUCCGCACGCGCACCACCCGUUGAGCCAGUCCUCAGGCCACCACCACCACCAUCACCACCACCACCACCAGGGCUACGGCGGCUCGGGGCUCGCCUUCAACUCUGCCGACUGCUUGGAUUACAAGGAACCUGGUGCCGCCGCUGCUUCCUCUGCUUGGAAACUCAACUUCAACUCGCCUGACUGUCUGGACUAUAAGGACCAAGCCUCAUGGCGGUUCCAGGUCUUGUGAGCCCGGGAGUGGAAGGAAGAGAAGAAACGCAACUACCUGCGCCCUCCGCGAUCCCCGUCCUAUUUCUGCUGCUGCUGCACCGCCCGCCUUGCCUCAGCUUCUCCAGACCUGAAUUUUCAUGCCCCCAAAAGAUGCCCAUCGCCUGCAGUGCCGCCCUCAUCUUUGUACCACUUGCUUGGGGGAUGUGCAAACCCGCCCGCCCCUUGGAUGAGGGAACCGGUGCUUAGGCUUGGCCCACAAGUUCUAUCAGGGUGAGCUGUGUGCUCCCCUUCUCAACCCUUGACUGACUCCUAAGUCACCCUCUUCCAGUCUUUCUGGACAGUUAUUAUGCACUUGCAGCCUUCGGAGGCUCUUCGCUCUGACUCGCUGUUUGAGCCCUACACUUUUUAUUUAUUCUUUCUGGACACUGGAGUCACUAACUGGCAUGUCUGCCUACCGGAGUGCACCCACACUCUACCAGAAAUCAAAACAACCACUAAGUGUUUCUCGCGUGCAGACUGCCGCCCCUUCAGCUGCCCUCGGCCCCGCUCCCGGCCUGCAGGCCAGAGCUUCCCGGCGUUUCCUCCUCCCUAGCCGGAUGCGCUGGGGCAAGGCCGGAGGGAGGAGCGCGCCUCCGGCCUCUCGCGCACAGCCCCGCCCUGCGUAGAACUGGCUCAAGCUUCCGCCUCGGCGGGAAUGCUGUACAUAGUCGGGUCCGUUCCAGGGGCCACUUAAACUUUUUAGUUGCUGUUGGUUGAACUGAGCAUAUCUCGUUUUAGCGCCCAGGAAAUAGAACUUUAAGAUAUAUACAGCAUAUAUAUAUACAUAUAUAUAAAACAAAGCAAAAAAUAUUUUCCCUCUGUUCCUCUUCCUAAAACGAUGGCGCUUUUACUUUUUCAGUUGUUGCAAAGCUGUCCUGCCUCUCACCCCUUCUCGCUCUGUGUAUUUAUUAAAGAGAAUCGCUUGGUUCCAGGAAGCUGGGCGCGGAGGAUCGGGAGGGUCCGGGAGCGUGGAGGAAACAGCCAAGUCAGGGUACGGGGGAGGGGAUGGGGGGGCCCCCCCGCAGGCUGAGCCCUUCACCAGGUCUAAGCACAGGGUCGCAGUUCCUGUUUAGAGACCAAAAACGAAAGAAAAGAAAAAAAUAAGUAAAAAUACAGCAUUAUGGGAAAACAAACCAACCCAGGCCCCAAACCCCAGUUCCAAUUCCUCUGUCGGCUUCUCUCUCUUUAAACAACCCUGUUGUCUAGUGAGUUUUUAGUGCACCUUCGUUCUCCGAAAUCUGCGGAGAGCCCCGCGCCUGUGUAUCAAUUUUGGCUUUGGCCGUUUCGUCCAGUAGGUGGGAAAGUAAAUUGUAAAUUUGAUUUGUCCGAUGUGAAGAUCACAAAUUACUUGUUGAAAUGUAAGGCAGUCCCCCUCCUCCCCUUUUAUCUACAUUAUUUGCCGAAAAUAAAUGCAAAUUAAUGAA